GCUUGCUCCCCAUGCCUCAGCUUGCCCCUGCUUGCCUCUGAGCUUAUGCAGUUAUUGGAAGGCUUGGAGACUCACCUUGGAAUUAAAUGCAAAUAGUGAGGAUAAAGACCAAGGAGGAUGGGGGAUGCUCUCUUUCCAUAGGGCCCUGUGGCUUCCAAGCCCGAACCUCCUCUAGCCUCUGUCUGCAGAGCCUCCUUCAAACCCAGGGAAAGAAAAGCACCUGCAGGGUUAUGUUCUUCUAGGAUCUUCUACUGAUGCUCUGUGAGGUGCCCUGGGAGCCAUGAAGCUGAAGCUGGCUCCCAGGGCAAUGGGACUCCAUUGUGUCCUUGUUCCCUUGUUCUUUUUUUUUUUUUUUUGCGGGGGAGGGGAUGGAGUCUUACUCUGUUGCCCAGGCUGGAGUGUAGUGGUGUGAUCUCGCCUUACUGAAGCCUCCGCCUCCCAGGUUCACGCAGUUCUCCCUCAGCCUCCCAAAUAGCUGGGAUUACAGGCACCUGCCACCAUGCCUAGCUAAUUUUGUAUUUUUAGUAGAGACGGGGUUUCACCAUGUUGGCCAGGCUGGUCUCGAACUCCUGACCCCAGGUGAUCCACCCUAAUCAGCCUCCCAAAGUGCUGGGAUUACAGGCGUGAGCCACCACGCCCAGCCUCUUCUGUGCAUCCAUGCUCUGCUCCACCCCUACCCCUUCACUCUGUCCACACACAUCACUCCAGACUGGCCUUGUGGUCAGAACCUGAAUGCCUGGGCUGAUAGGGACCUGAGGGCUGCACUGGGUCAGAACCCCUGGCACCUUCAAGACUAUCUUGGAGCCAGCAGGUAGGUGACCUUUCCCAGGCCUGCCUGUCACACCUUUCCCCUCUACUCACUCACCUCCCCUGUCUGGAUCAAUUAGAGAAAGCUUGUCCACCAGGCUUGGUGACUCACACCUGUAAUCUCAGCGCUUUAGGAGGCUGAGGUGGGCAGGUCAUCUGAGCUCAGGAGUUUGAGACCAUCCUGGCCAACAUGGUGAAACCAUCUCUACUAAAAAUACAAAAAUUAGCUGAGUGUGGUGGCGCAGGCCUAUAAUCCUAACUACUCCCCAACUACUCGGCAGGCUGAGGCAGGAGAAUCACUUCAACUCAGGAGGCGGAGGUUGCAGUGUGCCAAGAUUGCACCACUGCACUCCAGCCUGCACGACAGAGCAAGACUCUGUCUCAAGAAAAACAGAAAAAAGAAAACUUGUCUGUUGGCCUGCCCUGCUGGGUGGAGUUCAGAGAGAAGGUCAGGAACCCGGUGACAGCUCACAAAAAAACUCCAAAUACCAAAGGCCCCUUUUGCCUUUCAGUCUUGUGUUUUCUACACACUAAACUCACAUCUUGGGUUUGUAGAUGGUUCUCAGCUCGGCUGCAGCUGAGGUCCUCACCCUCAACCCCACCCCUUCCUUCCUGGAGCUGAGCCAAGUCCCCGCCCUGACUCCAGAUCCCUCCCACAUUGAACAUUCAAAACUUUCAGUGCAGAGCACAGCCCUGCAUUCCCCACACCGAAACCACACUAAGCCCCUGCAGGCCAGGAGAGCGUGAGGCCAGGUUCCAGAGAGCUCAGGAACAUGGAGCUGAACCAGGACACCACCCGCUGGCCUCUGGAGUACGUGAAGGGGGUCCCGCUCAUCAAGUACUUUGCAGACGCACUGGAGCCCCUGGAGAGCUUCCAAGCCCUUCCUGAUGACCUGCUCAUCAACACCUACCCCAAGUCUGGCACUACCUGGGUGAGCCAAAUACUGGACAUGAUCUACCAGGGCGGUGACCUAGAGAAGUGUAACCGGGCUCCCAUCUACAUACGGGUGCCCUUCCUUGAGCUCAAUGAUCCCGGGGAUCCCUCAGGGCUGGAGACUCUGAAAGUCACACCGUCCCCACGCCUCAUCAAGUCACACCUACCCCUGGCCCUGCUCCCCCAGACUCUGUUGGAUCAGAAGGUCAAGGUGGUCUAUGUUGCCCGCAACGCAAAGGACGUGGCCGUCUCCUACUACCACUUCCACCGAAUGGAAAAGACACAUCCUGACCCUGGGACCUGGGACAGCUUCCUGGAGAAGUUCAUGGCCGGAGAAGUGUCCUACGGGUCCUGGUACCAGCACGUGCGGGAGUGGUGGGAGCUGAGCUGCACACACCCUGUUCUCUACCUCUUCUAUGAAGACAUGAAGGAGGAGCCCUCUGCUGCUCAGAACCCCAAAAGGGAGAUUCAGAAGAUCCUGGAGUUUUUGGGGCGCUCCCUGCCAGAGGAGACCGUGGACCUCAUCGUUCAGCACACAUCGUUCAAGGAGAUGAAGAAGAACCCCAUGACCAACUACACCACCAUCCCCCAGGAGUUCAUGGACCAUAGCAUCUCCCCUUUCAUGAGGAGAGGCACGGCUGGGGACUGGAAAACCACCUUCACCGUGGCGCAGAAUGAGCGCUUCGACGCGGACUAUGAGGAGAAGAUGGCAGGCUGCAGCCUCAGCUUCCGCUCCCAGCUAUGACAGAGGCUCCCGGGGUCACUGCAGAGGGAGUGUUCGAGUCAAGCCUGACCAAGGGGCUCAAGAAUAAAGUGUGAUUUUUGGGCCAGGCACAGUGGCUCAUGUCUGCAAUCCCAGAGGUUUGGGAGGCUGAGCUGGGAGGAUCGCAGUAGGCCACAAGUUUGAAACCAGCCUGGUAAAAUAGUGAGACCUAAUCUCACAAAGAGUAAAAAAAAUUAGCCCCGUGUGCUGGCACUCACCUGUAGUCCCAGCUACUUGGGAAGCGGAGGCUGGACGAUCAUUUCAGCCCAGGAGGUUGUGGAUACAGUGAGUUAUGAUUAUGCCCAUUCACUACAGCCUGGAUGACAGAGCAAGACCCUCCCUCCAAAGAAAAUAAAGUUUAAUUAAAAUAAAA